AUGGCGGAACGAUACAUCCCCGAACAUCGACGAACCCAAUACAAGGCGAAAAACAGUUUCAAGCCCGAUGAGCUGCGUCGUCGUCGAGAGGAACAACAGGUCGAAAUCCGUCGCCAGAAAAGAGAGGAAAACUUGGCCAAGCGAAGAGGUGUUCAGCGUGGAAAUGGCGAGAUCGGUAUUGGUGGCCUCACAGAGCCAGACAGUGAUGAUGAGACGGCGAAUAUCGAGAAUGAAUUGAGCACGGAAUUGCCAGAGAUGGUGAAAGGUGUUUUCUCAGACCAGAUCGAUGCUCAGAUUCAAGCCACCACAAAGUUUCGAAAACUCCUGUCCAAAGAACGCAACCCACCCAUCGAAAAAGUAAUCGAGACGGGUGUCGUCAGCCGCUUCGUUGAAUUCCUUCGCUCCCCUCACACUCUCGUCCAAUUUGAGGCGGCCUGGGCCCUCACCAAUAUUGCUAGUGGUAGCGCAGCCCAAACACAAGUCGUGAUCGAAGCUGGUGCCGUCCCUAUCUUUGUUGAGCUCUUGAGCAGCCAUGAGCCGGAUGUUCGUGAGCAAGCAGUCUGGGCAUUGGGCAACAUCGCUGGUGACUCUCCUGCUUGUCGUGACUAUGUUCUCAGUCAGGGUGCUUUGAAGCCUUUGCUCAAUCUCAUUGCCGAUGGGCGCAAGUUGAGCAUGCUUCGAAACGCAACGUGGACGUUGAGCAACUUCUGCCGUGGAAAGACACCCCAGCCCGACUGGAAUACUAUUCAACCUGCGCUUCCGGUGCUGGCGAAGCUUGUGUACAUGCUCGAUGAUGAAGUCCUUAUUGAUGCCUGCUGGGCCAUUUCCUACCUUUCCGAUGGCUCCAAUGACAAGAUCCAGGCUGUCAUCGAAGCCGGCAUUCCCCGACGACUUGUCGAACUUCUCAUGCAUGCCUCCACAUCCGUCCAAACCCCAGCUCUUCGGUCGGUUGGAAACAUCGUCACCGGAGAUGAUGUGCAGACCCAGGUAAUUAUCAAUUGCGGCGCUCUGACAGCUCUGUUGUCAUUGCUCGGCUCUCAAAAGGAUGGCAUCCGGAAGGAAGCCUGUUGGACAAUUUCAAACAUCACAGCCGGCAACUCUACUCAAAUCCAAGCGGUCAUUGACGCAGGGAUCAUUCCCCCCUUGAUCCACCUCUUGUCCAACGGUGAUUUCAAGACUCGCAAGGAAGCAUGUUGGGCGAUUUCCAAUGCCACCUCCGGAGGUCUACAGAAGCCGGAUCAGAUCAGAUACCUCGUCUCGCAGGGAUGCAUCAAACCCCUCUGUGACUUGCUAGCUUGCCCGGACAAUAAGAUCAUUCAAGUCGCCUUGGAUGGACUGGAGAAUAUACUCAAAGUGGGAGAUAUGGACAAAGAGUCUGCCGAUCCCCGUUCUCCGGAAGGGCAGGUCAAUCGAUAUGCACUGUUCAUUGAAGAGGCUGGCGGAAUGGAGAAGAUUCACGACUGCCAGAACAACGCUAAUGAGGAGAUCUACAUGAAGGCUUAUAACAUUAUCGAGCGCUACUUCUCUGAUGAGGAAGAUGCGGGUGCUGACAUUGAAGAACUGGCGCCACAGGCUAACGCAACUGGCUUUACCCUUGGAUCGAACCAACCUCAAGGCCAAUUCAACUUUGCAAACGGCAACGACUCGAUGGAUAUGUAG